AUGGAAGCCCUCAGCACUUUGAUGGGUAUCAUGCUUUCCAACUUGGAGGCCUUUUCAUCCAGCAGAGCUUGCCAACUCGUUCAAACCCGACAUCAUUCCAGUCCUGGUGUCGUUUACAAUCUAAAUAGUGCCGGCUUCAUAUUCGGCCGCCUGUCGUGGGCCGAUAAACAGAGACAGGGACAACCGCUGCUCGAUGCGGUCGAGCUUCUUCAAGCGGCAAUUCCUUUCUCGUUCAUCCAAACUUUCCCAGACUGCCACGUUCCGUUGAUUUUCAGCGAAAGGCAUGGUCGCGGAUCCUGGGAUGAUUUCAUAGAUCUGACGUGUACUGCCGGGUGGUUCACUACUCUGUUGCCAGUGGAGGUCCUUGUCGAUAAAUCCGGCGACUUGAAAACCAUGGUUCGUGUCGUGAAGGAAGUUCGACGCGGAGCUGCGAAGAAUUGGGUGGCUGGCGGCAUUGAUAUGAUGGAAAUCGGUUUCAACUUCGCCGGGUUAUUUCAACACAUUGAGAGCCCGGAUUCGCUUUUCAGGCUGAAACCCAUGAGCAGCCAAAGCUUGUUUGAUGGUGCGGAGGAGCUUUUAGUGGCUGGAGAUAAAAUUCAGUUGUUCGCCCUUGGAGGCCGUCUUCAGUUUCAUUUCACGCUUCCUCGCGGUCUCAAUCAAGCACGCGACCUAGACCCGUGUGUGGGACAUCUAAAGAAGUGCCAGGAUAUCUUGACCAAUGAAUACCAAGCCGUGUGA